AUGGCUGAAAAGGUCCUUACUGCUUUCACUUUUAAAUUGGAACAAAAAAUCCUAUUAAAGGGGAUUUUUUAUUUAUUUUUUUCUCCAAAAAACAUUUUUUUAAAUUUAAAAGUUAAAAAAUAUUAAUUGAAUGCAAUAUAUUUUGAAUUUAAUUUAUAUUUAUAAAGAAUUAAAUUAAGAAAUUAAUCUUCCAGUGUGAAAAAUGUUUAAAUAAUACUUUUUCCGUUAAAAAUAAUUUAUAAAGUUUAUUAUUUCACUAUAAAGCUUAGUAUUUUUUUACUAUAAAAUUAUUAUUUUCACCUAUAAAAUUUUCCUAUAUUUUGUUCGAAUUUAAAGAGGAGAAGUUAAUAAGCUAGGCACAUUAGGAGGUUUAUUACUUUUGUCAAGUUUUGGAAUAAACAAGUUCUGCUACUUUGUUGAUGGUGGCGAACGAGCUUUGGUGUUUGACAGAUUCAAAGGUAUUAAGCCUGACGUGUUCGGAGAAGGAAUUCACUUUAUGGUCCCGUUUAUCCAAUGGCCUAUCUUUUUUGAGAUCCGUACAACAGCUAAAACCAUCAACUCCAAGACAGGUACAAAGGAUCUGCAAAUGGUUAACAUUGACCUCAGAUUUUUGUAUAGACCUGACCCAGCAUAUCUCCCAUCAAUUUACCUUAAUUUGGGAAAAGAUUACGAUGAGCGUGUCUUACCAUCUAUUGGAAAUGAAGUUUUAAAGUCCAUUGUGGCCCAAUACAGCAAGGAUUUAUUUUUCAAAAAAAAUUUAAAAAAAUAUUUUUUUAAUAAUUUUUUAAAAAAAUAUAAUCUACCAAUACAACGCAGAACAGCUUCUUACCCAAAGAGAACAAGUUUCACACGAAAUCAGAGAAAGACUUACACAAAGAGCUAACGAGUUCCAUAUAGUCCUUGAUGAUGUCGCUAUCACACACUUGAACUUUGGGCCUGAAUUUACAGCUGCUUGCGAGCAAAAACAAGUCGCUCAACAAGACGCUGAAAGAGCCAAAUUCUUGGUCAUGAAAAGAGAACAGGAAAGAAAAGCUGCAAUUAUAAGGGCUGAAGGAGAAGCUGACGCUGCGAGACUUGUGUGCUAUUUAUUUAAAUUGUUAUAUAGUGCUUUCAGCCAGCCAUGUCGGCUUUUCACGUUCCUUGCUUCGCUUCACCCUCUUGCUCGCCGGUCCGAUUUUAUGGCCUUAAGGCAUGCGCACUCCUUCUGAACGAGAGAGCAUGACUCAUCACCCUGAGGUAAAGAUGCUGGAUCACCUACGCCAAAGGAUAUACCCUUUCUGAAAAUUAAAAAAAGUUAAUUUUCUGGUCAGGCUAUCAGCUCGAAUAAAACUUGUAGCCCAGGGCGCAACUUUUGGUGUCACACUGGGAAAGUGCCCGAUUUGCCAAGCGAACGCACUUGCUGGACUAUGCCUUUUCAACUUCCAAGUAUCAUCGUCCAUCGAAAUAAAACCUUGCCCUGGAUGUGACCCUGCCACUCUCAGCCCAGCAUUAUGCUCCGCCAAACCAAGCAAAGCCCAGCCAGACAUUCUCACCACACGAUGCUCUCCUUUCUAUAAAUCCCAAACUCCUGUCUAGCUACAGAUGUUAUGAGGGCAGGUUUGUUCUCCUCACCAACAUUAAGUGUACAAAGACUUGUGUCAGAAGCCAUUAAGACUCACGGAAGUGGACUUUUAGAAAUCAGAAGAAUUGAAGCAGCGAAAAAUAUUGCAGGAAGCUUGUCGAAGGCACCAAAUAUUACAUAUUUGCCAGGUGGGAAUGCAAAUCUUCUUAAUAUUCCAGUUUAA